AUGAAUGACCUAAUUCGCGACAGUUACUACUGGCGGCGUGCUCGGGUUCCUCAGGAAGACGAGGUUGUGAUGGUUCGGCUGAUGGAUUCAGCCGUCGAUCAUCGUGACUCAGUGCGAGUUCGACUUGAGGAGUAUGGCAGGCAGAUGGGCACUCUCACGUUCAGCGACGGCCAGCGGGACCAGAUCCUCGCUGGCCGGACAAUUCCCGCCGUGGUGAUUCAACUCGACUUUAACCGUGUGCUUCGGAUUCUGCAGAACCACAUCCGUCGAAUCCCUCGGUUCCGUCGAAUCACUCGGUUCCGUCGAAUCCCUGGUCGAAUCCCUCGGUUCCAUCGAAUCGCUGGUGGAAUCCCUCGAGUCCGUAGAAUGAGAAGCAGGAGAAUCUGGCUCGGGCUAUCUCCUCUCAGCCAAGAGCAGAUUCUCAACUGUGAUAGGGAAUACACGGAGAAUCUCUAUGUCAACUCGGUGUUAAGGCAUCUGGCAGUUGCUCGACAGAACCUGGUCCAUCAAAUGGCUUCUCUCGAGGAAUUGUAUGAGUUAACCAGGUGGCCCCGUUACCAGGACAUCUCAAGUGGCCUUAGCCCGUAUUGGCCCUCCCUUCCUCGGCCACUGAGAGAUAUGUUUCGCCACAGCUGUGAACAAGUGUAUAUCGACUCGUGGAGAAUCACAGAUAAUUCACUCUUCUCCCCACCUUUGCUUCACGAAGGUUAUUAUUGCUUUGCCAUCGCCUUAAUCUGGCAAUUUGAAGCCUUUUUGAAGUUGCAUCACCUUCUACCUCGACAUCAGUUUCUCUCAAUUCAAGACUUCAUCGAUAAUAUCCCUGCUGAUCGGGUUGUUGCUGGAGAAGGAAUUGCCCACUUGGAUCAUGCCUUCUCUACCCUUCGACAUGGUGUUCUUUUGGCACAUGAUGGACCGGAGCUGACAUUUGUAAGAGGAGAACCUGUUCCCCGCAAUGGUUUGACAGUCUAUAGCACAGAUGAGCUCGGUAUUGACUUAAGUCUUAGGACUUACUCGGUUGGUAAUGAGUUAGAGGAUGAACUCCGACAUGAAGUUAGAUUAUUUGGAGCUGUUUCUGCAUCCAUCUACUGGUACGCCAGCUACUCCGUGCAAGCCCUUGACCCCCAGGCAAUACUCAGGCCCACUCCUCAAGACUUGGAGGAGUUUGGUGAUGUUGUGCAUACCGUCCUAGUCAAGGGAAGUGGUAAAGACUUGAAUGGUAUAAAAUAUUGGGAAGUUCAAGACUCCUUUGGGGAUACUAUAUUAGGAGACCGAGGGCACUUUAGACUCUACCGUGGCUUGUAUCCCAUCUUAAUCCUGGAUUACGUAACCAUGCGAAGGCCCUAG